AUGGCUACCUCUUUGCUCUCCACAUUCUCCAUCCAAAACCUGAUAAUUUUAUCGGUCUUCGCAGUUUCAUCUCUUUCCCACGAUUUCUCUAUCGUCGGUUACUCGCCGGAGCAUCUGAGUUCCGCCGACAAACUCAUCGAGCUCUUCGAAGAGUGGAUAUCGAAACACGGAAAGAUUUACGAGUCGAUCGAGGAGAAGCUGAGGAGGUUCGAGGUUUUCAAGAACAACUUGGAGCAUAUUGAUAAGAGGAACAAGGAAAUCAGUAGCUAUUGGCUCGGGUUGAACGAGUUCGCCGAUUUGAGCCACGACGAGUUCAAGAACAUGUAUCUGGGACUCAAAAGGCCAGAUGUUCGACGAGAACACCAGUCGGCUAAAGAGUUCAAUCACGGAGACGUGGUCGAGUUGCCGAAAAACGUAGAUUGGAGACAGAAAGGAGCUGUCACUCCGGUCAAGAAUCAAGGUUCUUGCGGUAGUUGUUGGGCAUUUUCGACAGUGGUGGCCGUCGAGGGCGUAAACCAGAUCGUGACGGGCAACCUAACUUCGUUAUCGGAACAAGAGUUGAUCGACUGCGACACUUCGUUCAACAACGGAUGCAACGGAGGACUAAUGGACAACGCAUUCCAAUUCAUCGUCGCCAAUGGUGGACUUCACAAGGAACAAGACUAUCCCUACCUCAUGGAGGAAGGCACAUGUGAAGAAGAGAAGGAUGAAAUGGAAACAGUGACGAUUAGUGGCUACCACGACGUUCCACAAAACGACGAGCAAAGUCUGCUCAAGGCAUUGUCUCGUCAACCACUCAGCGUCGCCAUUGAAGCUUCCGGCAGAGAUUUCCAAUUCUAUAGUGGGGGUGUAUUCAACGGACCGUGUGGAACCGAACUGGAUCAUGGAGUGGCAGCCGUUGGAUAUGGAACAUCAAAGGGCACAGAUUACCUAAUCGUGAAGAAUUCAUGGGGACCGAAAUGGGGCGAGAAAGGAUUCAUUAGGAUGAAGAGAAACACUGGCAAACCCGAGGGCAUUUGCGGUAUCAACAAAAUGGCUUCCUAUCCUACCAAAAAUAAGUGAUUUAAUAUUUAACUCUCUAU